AAACUAUCUACUACUCGUCAUCUCUGUCUGCAUUUGCGUUGUCAUUUGCUACCCACUAUCUCCACCUUUAAAAGUUUAUUCUAAUUGAUAACUUUACAGCUACAGGUGAUGGUUCAUUCAUUCUUCUUCUUCUCUGGUGAACAUUAAUGGAAAUGGGUCUAUCAAGUAGCUCUGUUGCAGUAUCUAUUGUAUUCGUGAUAAUAAUAACAUGGGUAUGGAAAAUACUGAACUGGGUAUGGUUUAGGCCAAAAUCACUUGAAAAUUACCUCAAAAAACAAGGUCUUGGAGGCAACCCCUAUAGGUUUCUUUAUGGAGACAUGAAAGAGAAUAUGGCCUCCCUCAAGAAAGCUAAAUCCUCACCUAUUGGUUUCUCUGAACAUAUUGCACUUCGUGUCACUCCCCUCCUCCAUCAAGUUGUUAACAGUUAUGGUAAAAAUUCUUUUAUUUGGGUUGGACCAACACCAAGGGUGAAUAUUAUGAACCCUGAACAUAUAAAAGAUGUGUUUACAAAGAUUCAUGAAUUUACGAGGCCAAGGAUGAAUCCGCAGAGCAGGUUGUUAGCAUCAGGUGUGGCAUUUCAUGAGGGUGAGAAAUGGAAUAAGCAUAGAAAGAUUAUCAACCCAGCAUUCCAUCAAGAGAAGUUAAAGCUUAUGUUGCCUCAGUUUUAUCAAAGUUGCAAGGAGAUGAUUGAGAAAUGGGAGAAGCUGAUCUCCACAAAGGAAUCAUAUGAAGUGGAUGUGUGGCCUUAUCUUCAGAACUUGGCGUGUGAUGUGAUUUCUCGAGCAGCAUUCGGAAGCAAUUAUGAAGAAGGAAAAAUGAUAUUUGAUAACCUCAAAGAGCUAGCCAGACUCAUAAUGCAAGGCUUUCUAUCAGUUUAUCUACCAGGUUGGAGGUUUAUGCCAAUAAAGACUAACAGAAGGAUAAAACAAAUUGAUAGAGAAAUACAAGCUUCACUCAGGAGUAUCAUCGACAAACGUGAAAAGGCAAUGAAAGCAGGUGAAGCAACCAAUGACGACUUACUAGGCAUACUCAUGGAAUCCAAUUUAAGAGAAAUUGAGGAAAACAGCAUGGGACUGAGUAUUCAAGAAGUCAUGGAUGAAUGUCGGCUAUUUUACUUUGCUGGGCAAGAGACCACUUCAGUUCUGCUUGUUUGGACAAUGAUUUUAUUGAGCAAGUAUCCCCAUUGGCAGGAACAAGCUAGGCAAGAGGUUUUGCAAGUGUUUGGGGGCAAAAUGCCAGAAUUUGAUGGGUUGAACCGGCUUAAAGUUGUAACUAUGAUUUUACACGAGGUUCUUAGGCUAUACCCACCAGUACCUGUGCUUAGUCGUUCUGUUGAUGAAGACAUUAGGCUUGACGAUGUAAUGUUACCUGCUGGAGUUUAUGUCUCCCUGCCAACGAUUCUCAUUCAUCAAGAUCCUGAACUCUGGGGUGAUGAUGCAUCUGAGUUCAAGCCAGAAAGGUUUUCUGGUGGCAUUGCAAAGGCGACAAAGAAUCAAAUCUCAUUCUUCCCUUUCGGAUGGGGUCCCAGAAUAUGCAUCGGGCAAAACUUUGCUUUAGCAGAAGCAAAAAUGGCAUUGGCAAUAAUCUUACAACACUUUACUUUUGAGCUUUCCCCAUCAUACACUCAUGCUCCUACUACAGUUAUAACUCUUAGGCCAGAACAUGGUGCUCAAUUGAUUUUAGGGAAACUCUAGCCUGAGUUAAAGGUAUUUUGUUAUAUCUUAUGCACCAAAUUAGCAUGUCGAUUUGGAGCAUCAAGCCAAUAAGUUACUUACUCCUGUUAUUUUGCUAUGCAUAUUUCCAAUCCAUAGCUUUGUUACUUGUCUAUACAAUAUUUAUGUGAAAUAUAUGUUUAAUUGACGUA